GUAGAAGGGGUAGAGGGGCAAAAGCUGUUGUAGUAAAUAGAGAGAGUAAGCCGGUAAGGGAGCGGAGAAAAUCAUGGAGCCGAAAUUCUUCUUUCUGAUAUGUCUUAUGCCAGCAGCAGUCACAGCAAAGUUUCAGGUUCAGACUAAAGACAAAGAGCUGGUUGUAUCAGUAGGAUCAGAUGUUGAAUUGCCCUGUACAAUUUCUCCACCAUCACCCAAUGCUGUUGGACUGGAGGUGCGCUGGUUUCACACGCUGUUCCACACAGUUGUGUAUCUACUGAAAGAUGGACGGGAAGACAGACAACAACAAAGAAAUGAGUAUCGUGAAAGAGCAUUUCUAAAAUCUGGGCCCCAGACAGGCAACUUGUCACUUUCGCUUCUUCAAGUGCGUCUUUCUGAUGCUGGCACCUAUCACUGCUUUGUAGAGAAUGGAACAGCUGCAUAUGAUGAUGAAGAUGUUGUUAAACUAGUUGUAAUUGGACCAGGCUCUCCACCACUCGUUAAAGUGUCUCUGCAAGACAGCUCAGUUCAGAUCUCCUGCUCAUCUUCCAACUGGUUUCCUGAGCCUACGGUGAACUGGAAGAGAGAUGAUGAAACUUUGGUUAAUGAAGAAAUGAUGACAUCCAAUCAAGACACCAAUGGUCUCUUUAGUGUAACAAAUAAUAUUCUUCUGAAAGACUCAUCUGAAGAAAAGCUGUUCUGUGCAUUGAAACAUCCUGUGACAGGGAAAGAAUCUGGUGUUUACGUCAUUGUCUCAGAUUCCAUGUUUCCACAACUUUCAAACUGGUUAAUUCUGUUCUUUGUGUUGCUGUUUCUGUCCCUUGGUGCCUUUGCAUUCGUUGGUUGGAAAUUUUACGUAUAUAGCAUUCAAAAAGAAAAGCAACUGAGUUUAAAAGAGAAUAUGUUAAAUCGGCAUAAGCAAGAAAUUGAAUACAGAAAAGCUGUUGUCUACAAAGAAUCCGUUCAUUUUGAUCCUGAUUCAGCCUUUAGUCGCCUGGUUGUCUCUCCAGACAAAUGCGUUAUUUCUCCAGCUGAACAGGAACAAGAUGUAAUUCCCAGUGCAGAAAGGUUUGACACCGAGCCAUGUGUUCUUGCUGAAUCUUCUUUUAAUUCAGGGAAGCACUACUGGGAAACUGAAAUCCAGGAACGAAGUGGGAAGUUCUGGUCAAUUGGCAUUGCAAAACAAACUGUGAGACGUUCAGGGGGUCAGAGAGAGUGCCCAGAAGCUGGCAUUUGGGCCAUUAGAGCGUCAUCAGACUGUUUCCUUGCGCUGUCCACCCCUCCUACUGAAUUUUUUCCAUCCCAGAGACCUGUGGUAGUGGGGAUAUUUUUGGACUAUGAUGAGGGAAUGCUGGCAUUUUAUGAUAAAAAUACAUUUCAGCAACUUUUUCGGUUUCAGGAUGAAACUAUUGCUGAAGAGCCAGUCUUUCCCUUUUAUUAUGUGGGAAAUGGAAUUACUUUUGUGUUAAAACAUUGAAGAUGACAGGCUUAAACCUUAUAUUUAUUUAUUAAUUAAAGGAAAAAUAAAAUCUCUAUAUUUUUGGAAA